AUGACUGUUUAUAUUUGUCCAGAAACUGGAGAUGAUGGUAAUGAUGGUAGCGAGCUGAAACCUUUAAGGACGCUUUAUCAGGCGAUGAUAAUUACUAAGUCUUCCAAAGGUGACUUCUUAAUAAGGACAAAGAAAGAUGGAAAACAAGUAUGGGAAGCUGCUUCAAAGACGGCAUUGAAGAAAAGUUGGAAACGUUACGAGCAAGAAAUGUUGAAGAAUGAAAAAGUUGCUGCAAAGAUGUUAGAGAAGGAUGCGACAGAAGUGGGAGUAAAAGCAGCCCUUGAAGAAGCCAAAAAAGUGCAAAUAGAACUGGACACGAGUCUGUCAUAUAUCACUGGUGUGAAGAUUCGUGAUCUAGUUAAGCACCGUAAUGAACGUGUUUGCAUCAAAGGAUGGAUUCAUAGAAUGCGUCGACAAGGAAAGUCACUGAUGUUUUUCAUCCUUCGAGAUGGGACUGGUUUCCUUCAAGUACUACUCAUGGAUAAAUUGUGCCAGACGUAUGACGCUCUCACUGUGAAUACUGAAUGCACGGUUGAGAUAUACGGCGCAAUAAAGGAAGUUCCGGAAGGUAAAGAGGCACCGAACGGGCACGAGUUAAUAGCUGAUUUUUGGAAAAUAAUAGGAAAUGCACCUUCUGGAGGCAUUGAUAAUGUGUUAAACGAAGAAGCAAGUGUCGACAAAAUGUUGGACAAUAGACAUUUGGUUAUUCGAGGUGAAAAUGCUGCUGCAUUGCUACGUUUGAGAGCAGCUGCUACUCGAGCAAUGCGGGAACAUUUCUAUAAUGCUGGCUAUGUGGAAGUUGCACCACCGACUUUAGUGCAAACGCAGGUAGAAGGUGGAUCAACGUUAUUUAAUCUGGACUAUUUUGGUGAGCAAUCUUUUCUUACGCAGUCAUCACAGCUCUAUCUAGAAACUUGCAUUCCCACUCUUGGUGAUGUCUUCUGCAUUGCUCAGUCUUACAGGGCGGAAAAAUCUCGCACUCGUCGACACUUGGCGGAAUAUGCACAUGUUGAAGCCGAGUGUCCUUUCAUAACGCUGGAUGAUUUGAUGGAGAAAAUUGAAGAACUCGUUUGCGACACAGUGGAUCGACUUUUAGCUGACGAGGAGGCAAAAAAAUUAUUGGAACACAUUAAUCCGAAAUUUCAACCGCCAGAAAGACCAUUUUUAAGAAUGGAAUACAAGGAUGCUAUUAAAUGGUUGCAAGAACACAAUGUUGAGAAUGAAUUUGGUAAUACUUUUACUUAUGGGGAAGAUAUUGCUGAAGCAGCGGAACGUUUCAUGACUGAUACCAUCAAUAAGCCUAUUCUACUGAAUCGUUUCCCGAGCGAAAUUAAGGCAUUUUAUAUGCAGAGGGAUGCAAAGGAUAAUACCUUAACAGAAUCUGUUGAUCUUCUUAUGCCUGGCGUUGGCGAAAUUGUUGGUGGCAGUAUGAGAAUUUGGAAGUUCGAUGAACUAUCGAAAGCUUUUAAAAAUGUGGAAAUUGACCCGAAACCGUAUUACUGGUACUUGGAUCAACGUUUAUAUGGCACCUGUCCUCAUGGUGGCUAUGGACUUGGCUUGGAACGUUUUAUUUGUUGGUUAACAAACACCAAUCAUAUUCGCGAUGUGUGUCUUUACCCACGCUUUGUUGGUCGAUGUGUCCCAUAA